AUGGAUUUUGGAUGCCAUCUGAUUCCAUGCGAUCAUGUGAUUGUUAAAACACGGCACUCCUAUGUGUUUACGAACAUAAGGCCGUUUCUUCCAAUGCACAUACUUGUUUCUCCAAUAUCAAAGAAGGAGAGACUGCACGAGCUGAGUAGUGAAGAGACGUCAGAUUUGUUCAAUACAGCUCGCAUCGCAAUGAAGGCAUUGAGAUCAAUGUGUGAUGGGUUUACACUGAGUGUGCAGGAUGGCCCAUGUGCAGGGCAGUCGGUGCAUCAUGUGCAUGUUCAUAUUGUUCCAAGAAUCGCCAAUGAUCUUGAGAGAAACGACGAUAUUUAUGAGGAAGGCGCACUUGACUCAGCAAGCAGACCUUCAAGAAGCUAUGAAGAAAUGAAGAAGGAAGCCAUGGAGCUUAGAGAGGUAUUUAGGCACUUUUUUGAGUCAGAAAGCAUGUAUUAUGAAAUGGACUUUGAAUAG